GCUCGAGUAUACUAUAGCGUCCUAGUAGUUCCUAGCUAGUGCCUAGUAAUUCAUUGCAACGAUGUUGGCCAGGCUGUUUCAGUUGCCUAGAUUAUUGUACCGUCAAGCAUUUGCUUCAAGACGUUUGCUCAUUCCAGCAGACGACUCUAUCUCGUCUGUCUGUCUAGAGGACAAAGGAAUGACUGUUAAUUGGACCAGCAACUACAGUGCUCAGUUACCCUACAUUUUCUUGCGUGACAACUGUCAGGAACAAGAGUCAUUUGAUCCAAUAGCUAAACAACGCCUUUUCAAUCCAGUGUUCUCUGUCGAUCUCGACAUCAAAGCCAAGUCAACUAACUUGAGUGAUGAUGGAAAACAGGUGACAAUCAGGUGGCCUGAUGGGCACUGCAGUCGUUAUUCAUCAGUUUGGCUAAAGGAGCACAGUGAAGGGACGAAGGAUGACCGAGGCAGGCUGCCUGUUGAACAAAAACUUUGGAAGAGUGACUACUUUGAUGCAAUGACAACAUUUGAUUUUCAACAGUUAAUGGAUCAUGAUGACAGUCUUCUGGAGUUUCUUCUUCAAUUAGAUUCUUAUGGAUUAGUGAUGAUUGACAAUGUGAACGUCACAUCUAAUCAAGUAGAGCGACUUUGUUAUCGCAUCGCCUUCCCCAAACCUACUGUUUAUGGACAAAGUGUUAUGAAGAUAGAAAACAGGCCAAAUCCCUAUCACUUAACGUACUCGAGUGUUGCCGUACAUCAUCACACUGAUAUGCCCUACUACAGCUACUGUCCUGGGAUUCAGGUGUUUCAUUGCACUGAGCAGCUACGUGGCAACACAGGAAGCACCAACUUUUGUGAUGGUUUUAAUGUAGCAUACAAGCUUAGAGAACAAAACAAAGCUGCCUUCGAAAUGCUCAGUCAAUAUCCUGUGCAUUACUCUGUUGUUGGAAAAGACUACCUCCCUUACAAUAUGGAACAAUGGCGUGUACCGAUAAGUGUCAAUAGGUCUGGUCAAAUUACUGAAAUUCAUUUCAGCAACCUCGUUCGUGGGACUCGUUACCAUUCAUCGCUCAAUGGAAAGCUUCAAGAGUGGUAUGAAGCCUACUAUGCAUUCACACGUCUAUGCUACAGCCCAGAGUUCACAGUUGAAUACAAGUUGCAGCCCGGUCAAAUGGUGGUGCUUGACAACUUGAGAAUUCUUCAUGGCAGACCAGCUUUUGAUUUGACUGACGGAAGUCGUCGUUGUCUUGAACUGGCGUAUCUUGACUGGGAUGAAGUGCGAUCAAAAGCUCGAGUUUUAAUGGAGGUGCAAGAUCGAAAAUCAUAGACACUGCUUUGAAUAACUCUAUUGGGGUUAACUGCUGUAACACAGCAAGAUGUCUAACAAUUUGCAAAUGAAUUUUUGCGUUUGAUUACAUUGGUGGUUGUGUUUGCUCAACUUCUUACAAUGUGGAAAUUAUUUUGCAGCACAACACCUUGACCAUACGAAUCCUUCGUAAAGUGAAACAAGAGCAAAGCUAGACAGCUGAAGGUCUCUCGAAUGAUUCUUGCAGUGAUUUAUCCCUCUUAUCUGAAAUGACCAGCUCUUCUACAGCGGCUUCACCAGUCUUCCAUGGUUGGGGGCCCAGCCUGCCAGUUGACAUCAAAUUACUAAUUUAGACUGACUAUAUAUACAUAAAAUCAGCUACAUUUGGGAGUGAUUCAGACUGUUUGCCCAUUGCAUGAUGGUUGCUAAGCUAAGCUAAUUACUGGUACAUAGAUGUAGGAAUGUCGAGGUUAAGGGAGCUAAACACGUGUUCAUUAGAGCAUUUUGGAGGAACACAAUUA